AACAAUCCACAGCAGACGCCAUACAUUAAUCAUCCCAUAGGCGUUGCUUAUAUACUCUGGAAAGAAGGUGAUGUUACAGACAUUGUUGUUUUACAGGCUGCAAUAUUACACGACACUGUCGAAGAUACGGACACAACAUUUGAGGAAAUUGAAAGAAUAUUUGGAACUGAAGUGAUGAAUCUUGUCAAGGAAGUCACCGACGACAAAUCGUUACCGAAACAGGAACGAAAACGCCUUCAAGUUGAGCAUGCUUCUGCAAGCAGUUCAAAAGCAAAGUUAGUGAAGCUGGCAGAUAAAUUGUACAAUCUCAGAGAUCUAGAGAAAGCGACGCCAAUAGAAUGGACAGAACAGCGAGUCCAAGAAUAUUUUCAUUGGUCAAGAAGAGUCUUUCAAGGUUUAAAGGGAACCAAUCAAAAAUUAGACCAGGAACUAGAGCGUAUACUAAAUAGACAUUCAGCUUGAGAGUGGAAAUGUUCGCAGGUCUAGUUAAAAAAAGUGAAAUUCCUGUCCUAUUUUUAACACAUUAGUGUCUGAUUUACAAAUAACGAAAAUGUUAAAAGCAUUAAUGCGUAAUUAAAAUUUAAAAGGCGUGUUUAAAACGUAAAAAUAUCUCCGUAGAAAUACAUCCAUGAAUUCCCUGUUUAA